AUGUCCCGCUGCUUGUGCCUCCUGGCCGCUGCGUCGCUCGCGCUGUACGGCGCGAGCAGCUUCGUCACCCCAGCAAGUCCGCCGGCCGCGCCCCAGGCCGCCAGUGGCGCGGCCGCAACGGUGCGGGAGGCUGUCGAGGAGGCCGCGCCAGCCUCCAGCAGCAGCGCCUCGUGGAGCCCGCUGGCCAUCGGGGCGGCCCUCGGGCUGGUGGUCGCCGUGAUGGGCGGCCGGCCGGCGCUGGCGGCGGACCUCGAGAACGGCGAGAGCGUGUUCCUGGGCAACUGCGCGGCGUGCCACGCGGGGGGGAACAACAGCGUGGUGGCGGAGAAGACCCUGAGGAAGGCGGCCAUCGAGCAGUACCUGACUGGCGGCUACAACGCGGCUGCCAUCAAGACGCAGGUGACGAACGGCAAGGGCUCCAUGCCGGCGUUCGGCGACAAGUUGGGGCCGGACGACAUCGAUGACGUUGCAGCGUACGUGCUCGACCAGUCCACCAAGUGGUGA